UUUUCGAUUGCUAAAAGUUAAAAUGACAGCGUCCUGUGCAAAGCCAGGCACCCACCGCAGGCACAGCCAGGAUCGGGAAUAUGUCGUUCAAGAAAGAAGCCUUCUUCAUCUGUUCUCUGGUGAUUCUUUGGUACUCCUCAAAUAUUGGAGUCAUCCUCCUGAACAAGUACUUGCUUUCCAAUUAUGGUUUCAAAUUCCCCAUCUUCCUCACGAUGUGCCACAUGACUGCCUGUGCCGCUCUUAGCUACAUUUCCAUUGUUUUCCUCAAGAUUGUGCCUCAUCAGACCAUCAAAUCAAGGUCCCAGUUCAUCAAGAUUGCAACUUUGAGUGUUGUGUUUUGUGCAUCGGUGGUCGGUGGCAACGUCUCCCUCAGGUACCUCGCGGUUUCGUUCAAUCAAGCGGUGGGUGCCACCACCCCUUUUUUCACGGCGUUGUUCGCUUAUUUGGUGACCCUUAAGCGUGAGGCUUGGGUCACUUAUGCUGCUCUUGUGCCCGUUGUUGCUGGGGUUGUGAUUGCUAGCGGGGGUGAACCGGGCUUUCACCUGUUUGGAUUCAUUAUGUGCAUAAGUGCUACCGCUGCAAGAGCCUUCAAGUCUGUACUUCAGGGCAUCUUACUUUCUUCUGAAGGGGAGAAGUUGAACUCGAUGAAUUUGCUCCUGUAUAUGUCUCCAAUUGCUGUCGUGGUUUUGGUUCCUGCAGUGCUUAUUAUGGAGCCCAAUGUCAUAGACGUCACAACAGCUCUUGGAAGGGAGAAAAAAUCUAUGUGGAUUCUUCUUUUGCUUAACUCAGUGACCGCUUAUGUAGCGAACUUAUCAAACUUCUUGGUGACUAAGCAUACAAGUGCUCUUACCCUUCAGGUGUUGGGGAAUGCAAAGGGUGCUGUGGCUGUUGUGAUCUCGAUCCUUAUAUUUAGAAAUCCUGUGACUGUUGUGGGCAUGGCGGGCUACACAAUUACAGUAUUGGGGGUGGCAGCAUAUGGAGAAACAAAGAGAAGGUUUAGAUGAACCAAUAUUUCUUUCUGUCUAAACAUUCUCCUAUUUAGUUUUGUAAUUUGAUUUGUCCUAGUUUUUCCCACAUGAACAUGAUUCUUAGUAAUUUGACCGUGGCCAGGUUGGGGCGGGUAAAGUGAUUUUUUGUCAUGUUUGUAUGUAUGCGGAAAUAUUUUUGUAUCACGGUUAGAUUUUCGAGCAGAUUCUGCUAUUCUUCGUUUACAGACGAAAAUAGCAUUUCGCAUUUGGACAAGUAUACUGUGGGUGGCAAAUUGGAAAAGUGGCACCGUAUGGAAGUUCACACCAUAAAAAUCCUUAUAUUAACUCGUGAAUUCAUAUUUUUAACAUUUGAUGUCACGCCCCAAUUUGGUCACAACUCACAAGCACAAAAUUCUAGGGGGAGUUCCCCAGACGCAAAAUUGUCAUUAUUGUUGAGGCGCUUCGAUCUUCUGUCUUCACAUAUCUUUGGGUGGACCAAUGGAUGCUGAGAACAUACAGCGAAAACAAUCGUGGCGAAGCAAGCUUUAUAACAAUACAAUACUCGUAACCUUGCUACGUGGAAAAAAUGGGUCGACAUUACUAUAGAAUACUGACAGCAAAGCGCCCCGGGAAUUUAACAUGGAGCAAUUAAAGACCGUUUUUCUUAAAGUCAAACAAAAACUAUGAGUUAGCACUUAGCCGUAUGAGUUAUCGAAAGUCCAACUUUGCGGAAAGAUCGGUUCCCCCCCCCCC